CAAGGGGGCCAUUUUGUGUUCUAAGAGCUCUUGUUCUUAGUUAAUACACAAUUGUUUUACAUCAUUUGGGAAGCAUGUUCUAGAACUUGUAUUAAGCACUCCCAACAUUUCAUUAUUGAUGGAGGGUAUGAGAGAAGAGCUACUGGUGCUGCUUUUUAUCAAGCCCGCUGGUGGUGAGCUUGACAUAGUUGUCACAAUGGCGGUUUGGUGUAUGUUCGUGCAUGCGUCCGUCCAAGUUUGUCUUGGCUGUAACUUAUCCAUGGAUCAAGGGAUUCUUAAAUAACUUGGCACAUAUGUUUGCCUCAAUGACACGGUGUGUCACGUGCAAGAACUAGAAUGGUAGCUUAAAGCUCAAGGUCAUACUUUGACACCAAAGUUAAAAACUCGGUGCUGUUUUGCUUGUCUGGGCUGUAACUCAGCCAUGGAUUGAGAGAUUCUUAAAUAUUUUGGCACAAAUGUUUGCCUCAAUAAGAUGAUGUGUUGUGUGCAACAACCAGAUUGGUAGCUUAAAGGUCAAGGUCAUGGUCAUACUUAAAAGUCAAAGGUCAAAACUUGGUGCAGGCUGUAACUCAGCCAUAGAUUGAGGGUUUCUUAAAUAACUUGGCACAAUUGUUUGCCUCUGAGUGGCAUCACACUAAUGGAAGUUGAAGACCAAAUAGUAUCAUAAAUGUCAGUCCUUUUGACAGCUGAUGGGCGCGACAUGUUGCCGUGGGCAUCUAGUCAUAUCUUUGGUAUGUUGAGGUUAGGAAUUGAAUCCACAACCUUUCUGCACUGAAAGUGGAUGCUGUACCUCUAGGCUAUUGAGGUGAUUGAUUUUUUUUACAAAAUAUAACAGUUGAAAUCACAUGUUUUUAUGGGUCACAAUUUCAGUCAUUUUGAAAAAGCUCAGUACUAAAUUCAAGUUGUAAGAAUGUAUUUCAGCAGGAGAAGUUCAACUAUCAACCAAUGACAAUGUCAGCAUGUGUGGUUCCAUUGAGGAGAGAACAGUUGGUGAACAAUUACCAGAUAUCGUACAACCUGCUUGCAGUGUAAAUGAUGACAUUCCUUCUGCUGGAUGUGAAGGUCUUCAUAAAAAGGUAUCUCCAGAGGAACCCAGACCUUUAGAAAGUACACAUUUAUGUUCAGAUACCCUAUCAUCCCUAUCACUUGGAGAUGAAUUUGAUGUAAACAAGGUAUCUGAAAACAACACUUCUGACUUAGAAUCUUCUGACUCUUCACACAAGUCUGGAAAGGUGGUUUGUAAAAGAAGAUUCGAGAGAGAGGAGGCUGACCCUCAAGAAAGGACAGCUAGCAAGAAAGCUAGAACUGAGGGUUUUCUCCCAAAUUGUGUGGACUACAGCUUCUACAAUAACUUGAUGCAGCAGAUAAGAGAGCAGUGUCUUCCAAAGAUUCUAGAGUUAUAUAUGUUUGGUUUUAAAUUUAAAGUACCUUUUAAACUUGAACUAGAAAACAAGUCUGAUUAUCCUAAACUUAUUCAAGCCUUGGAUAGAGGUGUUCGAAUAGAUGCUGAAGUUGAUGAGACUAAUGUAAAUCAGUCUACAGAAGAUAACGAUUCGAGUACAGACCAGAGCAAAAUAACACACUGUUCAGGAACUGAUAAACUUGAGACAAAUGAGAACAUUCCUUCUACAUUGGCUUCAGGUACAGAUAUAACAGAUGUAGAUACAGAUAUAGAAGGCCAUGAAUCACUCCAGAACUUUGAAAGCGUAACAAACAAAGAGAGGGAAGAAACAAAUAAAAAGAAAAAAUGCAUAUGUUCUGAUGUAACUGAAACCAGACAGAGUGAUAAGGGUAUAAUAAAUGAAAGAACAAGUGAAUUAGACAAGAAUAAUAAAGAAAGGGAUGAAUUCGACAAGAAUAAAGAAUAUACUUCAAAAUUAAGUAAAGCCAAACAGACAGUUGACAAUAGAGAACAAAAUAAAGCAUCAGUUAACACUGACAACAGAAAAAAAAGUGAUAAAGAGAGAUAUAAUAUAAUAAAAAACAGUCAGUAUUCAGAUAUCUCUGAAGAUGAGGACAAUUCACCUAUCCUAAAUUUAUCAACAAAGGGUGUAACUGGAAAUGUUGAAGGCAGCCACAUUGACACUCCACCACCAGGAUUUUACCAUCCUGAGGUUUACUACAAUACCCAAGCUAAAGGUAAAAGUUCUUGCAACAAGAAAAAAGGGAAACAAAGAAAGAAAAGGUUGGUAAAGAGAAGUGAAAAUAAUGCUAGGCCAUCAGUUUGUAUAGAUAUACCACCAGAAAUAGACAAAGUCGUAACAGAGACAGGAUCUGGCAAAAGUAUUAAUGGUACAAGACCAGCUCUGAAAGAAAAAGAAAAAGUACAGGUACCAUUGAAUAAUGAAAACGUCAGGUUUUUAGCAAGUAUAGUGCAUAAUUGUCUUUACGAGAUUGAAAAGGGAACAGCGAAACCACUUUCAAAUGAAAUCAAAGAAGCAGAUGAGACAAAACUUCCCAAGUUUACAGACAUUGAAACAGGGAACAGUCAAAAUAAACAGAACCGGUCAUCAAGAUGGGAAAGUACUGAUCAUGAAGAAGUCAAACAAAAGUUAAACAAAAAAAUUAUCAUGAAAAUGAAGUCAGAAGGGAAGUAUGCCUUGAAAGAACAGUCCAGUGCAGUGAGAAUAGUUGAACGAGUAAAGACUGAGGUGCCAGAUGCUUAUUUUGAUAGAGUUUCUGCAAUAGAGGAUGAAGAUCCAGAUGCUACUUUGCAGUAUGGGUUUGAUGGUCCUGGUGGAAUAAUUGUGAAAGAUGACAACACAGAUGCUUACAGCUGUAUACCUCCAGAUUAAUGUCACUCUAAAUUUAGAAAAGGCAGUUUUAGUUAAGAAAUAAUAUAUCCUAAACAGUGAUUUGUCAUUGUAUAAAAUCAUUGUUUGGAGUUUAGAUGUUAGGGAAUUAUUCCUUGACGACAUCCAUUAAAUAUUUGCCUGUUUUGUAUGUGUUUCUUUUCAAGUGAGCCACUUUGACGCUUUAUGAUGUAAUAAUAAUGAUCUAAAAAUAAUGAAUUAGUAAUUACAAAAGAAAGAAUAUUUUAAUAUGAUUUUGUAUGUUUUAGUUAAGUUUUUAUUUGGAAAAAACUUCUUCAUUAAACAAUAUGAUUUAUGUAGAAAACUUUGAAAACAGUUAGUCACACUGUUGAAAUUUGAUUUUGAAACUGUACUUUAUAUCACACACAUAAAAAUGUGUACUUAAACAGUACUUGUUUUAAAUUAUCAUUUCAGAUGUCUGAUAUCAAUUGCUGCUUUUCAUUUAAAAUUAAAAUUUUUGAGCUUGUCUGGAGGCUUAUCCUGUCAAACUUAAGUACUACAUAUAAUUAUAUAAGUUAUGAUAGGCAGUCUGGCUAUGGGGAAAGAACCAACUAGUCAGUUACAUCAGGUAUAUCUCUAUAAUAGUUGCAUAAGGUGACUUGAUAUUAAAAUCACCUAUCCAUUGUUAAAGCAAAUUGAAAUGGAUACAGUACCAUAUUUGAAUGUAACUUUUAGGUAAUGGUGAAACAUUGUACUAACAAAAAAUGAUAAAAUUUUUAAAAUUUAUCUUCUUUUAUCAUUUAAGGAACAUCAUUUAUUUAAUCAUUCAUUUAAUGUGCAAAAAUUACCCUGUCUCUUCUGUCUUGCCAGUUUCAGUCACUCCAGUCCAGGCUAGAAAAUUCCCAGGAUAUGUAAAAGCUGUAAUUCAGUAUUUUUAAAGGGUCAUAAUGUCUUUGUUUUAAAUGUAGUGGAGCCUGCUUGCUGAAGUGAAGACAUAGUCGUCCAGAUGGCUGUUCGGUAUAUGUGCGUUAGUGUGUGCUUGGGUCCUUCCAUCCAGAUUUUAUUGUAUGGACAAGAACUUUGACAUGCAUGGAGCAUGGCAUGAUUGUUUACCUCAGUGAGACGGAGUGUCACGUGCACCAGGUUCCUUUCUCAAAGGUCAUGUCAGAUCUGAUCCAUAAUGUCUAGGCCAUAACGUUGACAUGCAUAAAUUAAUGUUUUCUCAUAUUUCCUUACCAUUUUAAAAAUGAAAUGUCGUCAAAAUUGAAGUUAAAUACAUGUACUUAUUUAUAUUUAUAAAUGUUAUAAACUAUCAACAACUAGAUUUUUAUAUAUGCAAAUUUUAAUACAAACAUCGAGUGUUAUAACAUAAUGUAUACCAGAAUAUAGUACAAUAUUUUAUCAUUGACAGAUAUCAGUUCUUUAGGUUAUACUGCAAGUUGAGAUGAUUAAUCACCUUCCAGUAGGAGACUUUCUAUUGCAUAGCAAAACUUCAUUCACUUGUUUUACACGAGAAAUCCCAUUUUUAAUAUUUUUAUAUGUACUUUUCAUAUAUUAAGAGUAUUUAAUUAACAUUGUAGAAACAGUAUUAUUGAAUCCAUUGUUUCAGUUGCCUCCCUGUAUGGUUUCUGACUAUUAAAGUUCAUAUAUAAUAUUGAAAAGUGUUUUUCAAACCAUUUGAUUAUUCAUGUUUUCAAUUAAGACAGAUGCUUGAUCUGUUUUUAAUGCAACACCAAAAGUUAUUUGGCACAUAAUUAAUAUACAAAUCAAAACAAAAUUUUGGAUUGCGUUUGUAAAAAUUUGCUUUCACGAAGUAAAUUUCUGUUGAUAAAAAUGCUUCCAGUUCUGAGACCCCAACUUAAACAGCUUACUUCAGAGCUUAUGACUGUAUGAUAAUAAUUUUAUAAAGAUAUUUUGUUUAACUUGUGGUCGACCUUUCAGUCAGUCCAUCAGUGGGUAGACCAUUUGGUUUUUGAUAAAUAACUAGAGAAUGUAAAUCUACUCACAACAGUCAAACUUCAUAGAAUGAUUGCCAGUAGAUGAUUCCUAUUGUUUUACGGGCAUUGUUUUAGUUGUCAGUAGGUGAAAGGGCAAUGACACAGUGACCUGGAGACUGAAAAUGGUUUCCUGUGAAUAAUUAAAGAACAGUUUGGUCUACAGUCAACAAACUUCAUAGGAUGGUCACGGUCACAUUGACAUUUACACUAAAAGCAGUUUUUUAUGUAACUGAAGAAUGCCUUGUGUUGCAGGUAUCAACUACUUGUCAGUAGAUGACGCCUAUUGUUUUUGAGGGCAGUAGGUCAAAGGCCAAGAUCACAUUGAUCUGAAGAAUGAAAAUGAUUUUUGCUUGACAACUAAAGAACUAAAGCCUAAUGCUUUUUAAUGUUGUUAAAUAACAGAUGUUCCCUUAUGUUUUAGGCCAGAGGUCAAGGUCAGUGACAUUAAAACCGAGAAAGGUUUCCAAUCAAUAUCUAUAAAAGUACUUUCGGGCUUACAGAUUUCAUUGAAUGAUUGCCUAGGUCGUGUUUUUGAUGUCAUUUGGUCAAAGGUCAAGGUCACAGCAUACAAAAUUACAUACUCAGUUAGUUGCCUUUGACAGGCCCUCAUUGGAGGUGAGGGGUGGGGGGGUAUUUUUAUUUUUUUUUAAAAGCUGUUGUUUUAGAUUAAAAGAAAAAAGAAAACUUCUGUUGCAAAAAAGAUUCAUCAACUUGCAGUUUUCCUCCUUACAGGUAUUAUGUCCGUAUAUACAUACAGGGCGUGCAACUUUUCUGUUGUCUUUUAUUCAGGAAUAUGUGUUACAUUCUAUUUUUGUACAUCUUUUCACCACGUAUUAAUCAGGUAUUUGUAAUGUAGGUGUUCACAUCCAUGAAAACCAAAUCUCAGUUUUCUGUCUUUCACAAUCUUUUUACUCAGGUGUGUACAUAUAUAAACUAGGGGAAAAUAACUAAUAGUGUUUCCCCUUUCAGGAUGUAUUAUACAGGUGCAUAAUGUAAAUACUGCAGGACCAAAUUGUUAGUUUUCUUACACUUCACUGUCCUUUAUUCAGGUAUACAUGAAAUAAAACAGGGAUAAAUAACUGGAUAGUUUUUCCCCUUUUCACUGUAUGUAUUGUGUAGAUUUUGUAAUUGGGGAUCAGCUUCUUAGUUCAUUUACUUUCUUAUUCAGGUAUGUACACUAGUGAUAAAUAAUCUAAUACAUGUAGCUAUUUUGUCCCUUUCAACAUAUAUUAUUUCAAGUAUUGUGUAAGUAUACAUACUAAUGGACCAACUUCUUAAUUUCUUGCACUUUACUGUCUAGACUUCAAGUAUGACCAUAUCAUACACAUUUUGGUCAAAUAUCCUAAUAUAGCGGUUUCCCCAUUAGGCCUACAUUAUGUAUUAUUCUGGUAUUAUAUAUUAAGUACAGUAUACAAACUGCAGGACCAAUUUCUCAGUUUCUUGCCUUUCAAAAAUAGGGUAGUAGUCAAGUUUUCUCUUACCCUUUUACCAUAUGUUACUUUCUUUUAGUAUACUCCCAGAUACAAAGAAUAUGGAGGUUAUAUUUGUUGGUCUGUCCUGCCUUUCAAUCAUGUCUGCUCCUUAUCUUCCUAAUUACUGGGGAGAUUUUCAUAAAACUAGCAUCACUUGUUAACUUCAUCAAAAUGACAUGCAGAGUGCACAGUCAAGGUCCCUGAGUCCAAAGUCAAUGUCAGACUUGAAGGUCAAAGGUCAAAUAGCUUAACCUUAUGUCCACUACAUGUUGUCUAAACAGCUAGGAAGAUUUUCAUCAAAUAAACAUUGUUUACCUCACUCAGAUGAUGUGCAGAGUGAACAACCAACGUCACUAGGUCCAAAGUCAAGGUCACAUUUGGAGGUCAAAGAACUUCACCUUGUUUCUGCUCCAGAUCUUCUAAACUUCUGUGAAGAUUUUCAUUAAACUAGGAUCAAUUCUUUACCUAAUCAAGAUGACACUCAGAGUGUACAACCUGGGUCACAAGAUCCAAGGUCAAGGUCAAAUUUUAAUGUCAGAGGUCAUGAUUACAACAUUUUACUUUCUCUGCAUCAAAGUGAAAUGAUCAAUGGCCUUAAGUGAUAGCUCUAGUUCAGAUAUGAACAUAUACACAAAAGAGAGAAAAUAACUAACAAAUUAUUCAGUUUUCCCUUGCCCUGUCUGUUUUUCAUGUAUGUAGGUAUAUAUAAUUAUAAUGCUUUGUAAAAGAUAACUUUUUGUUUAAAUUUCAAAAUCAGUUUGUUACUGUCAUUUCCAUCUUUUAUAAAAGCAACAUUUUGACAUACUGCUGUUUCAAUAAAUUCUGCACUGUUUUGAAAACUAGUUUCUUCUUUCCAUCAUCAGAGAGAAAUAUUCAGCAUAAUACAUGAAGUAAUAUUCAGGAGAAAAAUUAUGUAGUUUCCAAGUACAUAUAGUAUGCAUAUAUUUUUAUGCCCCCUUUCGAAGAAGGAGGGGUAUAUUGUUCUGUCGGUCAGUAUGUAGACCAAUCCGUUUCUGGAUGAUAACUCAAGAACGCUUGGGCCUAGGACCAUGAAAGUUGAUAGGGAGGUUAGUCAUAGCCAGGAGAUGACCCCUAUUGAUUUUGAGAUCAGUAGGUCAAAGGUCAAUGUCACAGUGACCUGGAUCAGUUAAAUGGUUUCCAGAUAACUCAAGAACGCUUGGGCCUGGGAUAUGAAAGUUGAUAGGGAGGAUGGUCAUGACCAGCAGAUGACCCCUAUUGAUUUUGAGGUCAGUAGGGUAAAGGUCAAGGUCACAUUGCCCCGGAAUAGUUAAACCAUUUCCGGACGAUAAGUUGAGAACCCUUGUGCCUAGGAUCAUGAGGUUGAUUAUGACCAGCAUAUGACCCCUAUUGAUUUUGAGAUUAAAGAUCAAGGUCACAUUGACCCAGAGCAGUAGAACUUUUGUGUACAGUGACCAAAUAAUUUCUGUUCCUUGUGCAGUUACUGAAUGCAUCAGGGGAGGCAUUUUGUGUUCUAUGAGCUCUUGUACAUUUGUAUAUAUCUAGUUAAAUUUCAUUGGGAGGUUGGGCCAAUAUUAUAUAUAAGCCUUUCAUUUGAAUCAACCUGUUGGGAAUAAGACCAGAAAAAAUGGGAAAAUGUUAUGAGAUAUGAAAAAAUACUUUGUAUAACUGAAAUAUUUUGAAUUAAAAACUGUUAAACUCAAAACAAACAGACUUGUUUAAAAGUAGUAAGACUGUCCAUGGUUUAGUAGCAGCUCUACCUCUGUCUUGCAUGCUCACCUCUUGCUUCAGGGCCAGAAGAUUAUCAUAGGAUCAGGGAAAACUUGAUGAUUUAUAUUAUAGUAUGAUAGUCCAUUUCUUGUAUUCUUGUAAAUAACGUUAAAAGAGUUAAAACUUCUACCAUUUAUAGUCCACAUGUAUUUUUUCUUGUGUGCAAAUCAUUAAAGAAAUGGCAUGUUAUGCAAAUUUAC